UUUUUUUUUUUGAGUAAACUGGACAUGUCGAAACUAUACCUCUAGAACAACGCAGAAUGAUAAUUCUAAGUCGUACACAAUCAUUUGUUUGCCAGUUGUCUUUCAAGAAAUCAGGAAAACCAAUCGUCCAAGACGAAUCACUCUCACAUCGACUGAAACAACUGCGUUUUUGAGUACUCAAAGUAUCGAUUUGAUGAAUCAUCUACCGAGUCCUGACUUGGCACCAAAUGACUUCCUUUUAUUCCCGUACGAAAAAAAUAAACUAAGAGAUCAACGUUUUCCGACACCUGAAAAGGGCGGUUGAUGCGUUAAGAAUGUAUGUUUUGGAGAUACCUCAAUCAGAGUGGCAAAAGUGCUUUGAUAAUUGGUUCAAACGCAUGCAAAAGUGUGUAGACUUUAAUUUAGAAUAUUUUUAAAGACAAUAAAGCGAUUUUCAAUGAUUUAUAUUUGUUAUUGUUCUCCAAUUCCGAAAUAUAAAAGGCAACCCUCACAUAAGUUAAUAAGUUGUCUUUAUGAUGUAACGAAGAAAAUUAAACUCGAUAAUAUUGUCAAUUUACCAUGAGAUUAAGUAUGACCCGAACUGACAAAAAAACCUAAAUUUUUGUAUUUUUUUAUUGCCUUUAAAAUAUGAUCCUUUUGAACCAAUUUUCUAUACACUUGUUAUAAGCCUCUGCUGGGAUGGCAUUCAGCGUUUAGUUAAUGCAGGGUCCUCAGUUACGUUUUCUAGCAUCGCUUUAGCGACCUCUACUUGACAUCGUUUUUGCAAUCAUUCAGGUUUUUUCGUACGCGUCUAACAUUGACACGUUUCAUACUCAAAACAUUACUUAAAGUUUGCUGAGCCCAUGCAUAUGAGAAGUUUAGAUUUUCUUCUAUCUCCAUGAUACCAACACGAGGAUUUUCAAGCUUUUUUUUUUACAUUUUCGAUGCUAUCGUCAUUAUUAGAGGUUGAUUGACGACUCGCUUGAGGCAAGUUUUUGAUGACUUAACAACCUUCACUGAAUGCUUCGUGCCACUCAAAUACUUUUGUCUGUGAUAAAGUAGACUCCCAAAAACACUGCUGAAGAUUUUACCAUUAUGAUUCUAUUGAAAACACAAUAUUUGAAGCAAACUCGUUGUUAACUUUUUUUUUAUAGUAAAAAUCGACAGAUAAACUUUUCGUGUUGUAAAGAAACAGUUGCCAAAUACACACUAAUUGAUAUGUGGCGAUUCAACUUCACAUGAACGUAAAAGAUGGUUAUACCAAUCUAAGAAAAAAUUUAUUAUCGAUUUAGUUUGCAUCUGUAGUAUAUAUGGACCAGUGAGAGUCAAAGAAUAUUAGGCAAUUACCUUAUAGCUUCUUAACUUUUCUAUGUAGUUAUAAAGAAUAUUUAGUGUUUUAUUCAAGACUCUAUAAAAUACUACCUCUCUCGCGAAAUAAAAUGUAAUUUUUUCAUUCUAUAACAUUAAGCUGACAAUUCUUAUACAGAUGAGCGUAUAUGGUAUACUUUUAAUAUUGUUAACAACUUUUUUUCGAUAUAAUGCUUUUGUGGAUAUACUUAUAUGCCUACCCCUGGCAUAUUUUUAUUAUAUUCUAUGUACAUAUAUGUCUUCUCGCAUUCCUAUUUAAGUCGUCAUCUUCAUCCGGUUUUAAAAAAGCUGCUGGGGGUUACUUUUCACACAAUAAUUCCGACCGCUUUUUCGCGAAACACAAUGGACGUACUCAACUAAAAAUGUCGAAAUAUGCAAUUCACUGUAAUUUGAAUGUAUAUAUGUAUGUCUAAGUGUAUAUCGUGAUACUUCCGAUGAUCAAAAACGCGAUCGCUGACACCUGCUCGUGUUCCCAUUUAACCGAUUAACACACAUUCGCAACGCAAUCGCAUACGUUGUUAAGUUGGCGGCGCGCUCAAGCCAUACGACUGUAUAGCGAAUAGAGUAUAUCAAUUCUACAUUCGUAUUGGUGUAUCAAGGGUGCAAAAGCUGUGUGUGUUGGGUGUAUGCGAUCACACGAAUGUUUAGAACGGUUAAUUGACGACAAAAAACAACGGCGAAUCAUUAAUAUCCACUCAGCAAAGCUACAGCAAACGAUCUUACGUGCCAAAGUGCCAACGAGCCGCUGACAAACGACCACUUUGCAUAAGUGGAAAAUUUACUGCGUGUGAUUAUAGUCGCGUUCGGUCAGUCAUUCGGUGAAGUAAACGAAAAAUUGUGUGUAACGGCACACCAAUGUUCCUAUAUGUUUUAUGUGUGAGUGUGUUAAUAUAGUGCUUGAAGCAGAGCCUUAAGGAUAAUAAGUGCAAUUUACGACUUACAAUCGCACAUCAAAGGUGUUCAUAACAUUUUGUGUUUGUGUGCAUGUGUGCGCGUACAUGUGUGUGUGCUUUUGAUCGUUGCGCACAGCUGAUAAGCAGCUUCUAGUCGAAAAAGCAACGCGGUUCUGCCAAAUUUCUCUUCCUUGUAAUACCAUUUAGUCGUCAAAGUCACAAAUAAGCCGAAAAAUCCAUACAAAAUGACGCGACCAAAGGAGGAUUCGAAGUUCAAAGCAUUCAUGCGAGAGAACUCGCUUACUAUGCUCACAGUGACUGGUGUGUUCCUUGGCGGUUUGGUGGGUUUUAUCAUUAAGAACAGCACAGGCGAGUGGACGAAGCGUGAGAUUAUGUACAUAUCCUUCCCCGGUGAACUUUUCUUGCGCAUGCUGAAAUGUUUAAUUGUGCCAUUAUUGGUUUCAUCCAUAACAAGUGCCAUUGGUGGACUCGAUCUAAGCAUGUCGGGGAAGAUUGCUAUACGCGCCAACGCUUAUUAUUUUCUCACAACUAUCUCUGCCGUAGUUUUGGGCAUUUGUCUGGUAACAACAAUACGUCCUGGACAGGGUGCAAAAAUUGUGGAAGUGCGCACUGAAUCUGUGGAUAAAGCAUCGAAAGUCUUAACGCCCGAUACGCUUAUGGACUUAGUGAGAAAUAUGUUUACGGAUAAUAUUAUUCAAUCGACAAUGUUUCAGUAUCGCACGGAAAUCUUUGAAAAUACGAGUAUAAGUCCACCAGUACCCAUGGAAGAGUGGGACUUUAAAUCGGCCCAACGUGAGGGCUCCAACGUACUUGGCUUGGUUAUGUUUAGUGUAAUUUUGGGCACAACAAUCGGACGCAUGCGUGAGAAGGGUAAAUUGCUACAAGACUUUUUCACCUCACUAAGUGAAGCUAUGAUGACUAUAACGUCCUGGGUCAUUUGGAUUUCACCGCUCGGUGUGGGUUUCCUUAUAGCUGCCAAAAUUAUUGAAAUGGACUCGAUAGCAGCCACUAUACAAUCUUUGGGUUGGUACUUUAUAACGGUAAUGUUGGGUUUAUUCCUGCACGGCUUCGGUACCAUUGCUGUGAUAUUCUUCUUGGGCACGGGCACACUACCUUACCGCUACAUUGCCAAAUUGAGUCAAGUCUUAGCCACUGCUUUUGGUACGGGCUCCAGUUCGGCCACCAUGCCGUUGACCAUUAAAUGUCUUGAUGGCAUUGGCAUUGAUCCGCGUGUUACUCGUUUUGUUAUCCCUGUCGGCGCUACAAUUAAUAUGGAUGGUACAGCAUUGUAUGAGGCCGUGGCUGCGCUUUUCAUUGCCCAAUAUCGUGAGAUGAGCUAUUCGUUUGGUAAUAUUGUUGCGGUUAGUAUUACGGCUACGGCAGCGUCGAUAGGUGCUGCUGGUAUACCACAAGCUGGUCUUGUAACUAUGGUUAUGGUUUUGGAUACUGUGGGACUGGAACCGAAGGAUGUCUCGCUGAUUAUAGCUGUCGAUUGGUUGCUGGAUCGCUUCCGUACCACCAUCAAUGUCAUGUGCGAUGCCUUGGGCACCAUAUUGGUCAAUCAUCUAUCGAGAAAUGAUUUGCAAAGCGUCGAUCGGUUGAACGCUGAACCCCAUGAGCUCCUCGAACUUGGUGCGAAUGGGCAUGAAACGAAAGAAUGAAGACGAACCUUGCCUACCCCUCCCCGUAUAAAACCGAAGCCAAAACCCGCGCACGACACACACCGUUAGAUGAACAUUUGUUGCAUAAUGUAAGGCGCCUUGAAGCAACGCUGUGUGUGGAUACGUGUGUGUGCGUGCAGCGUGUAUAUGCAAAGCAGCGGCGUCAACGCCACGUGGCCAAUCAACGUUUUUUGCCUGUGUCAAUACAAAUUCUAAACAUUUGUGCUUCCAAAGUACAAGUAUAUCGAAUUUAUUUAUAAAUAUGUAUUAAAAAAAAUAAUACGAUUUUUUGCAUAAACAAAUUCAUAAAACAAAUGUACUUGUGAAUGUGCCAAAAAUUGAGGUAAGAACAAAGUAAAACAACAAAGUUUAUGAAAAAUUGGUUAUUUUAAAUAAAUGAAAAUUGUAAAUAAAAGACAGUUCAAAACUUGUUUCUAAAAAUUAUUUAAAAAUUUACAGAAAUAUUUUUUUCGAAAAAAACAAUUUUUAAGACAAAUAUUAAUUAAUAAAUUUAAUUAAUUUAAAUAUUAAUUAAUAAAUUUAAUUAACAUGAAUUAAUGAAAGUAUUGAAAAUAAAUUAAUUUAAUUAUUAAAUAAUGCAAAGUAGUACAGUUAUAUGUUUGCUUAGUUGUUGGACACUGUUACAUAUUGACGAAAGUCGAGUAAUUGUUAAAAAAAACACAAAAAAAAAAAUAAUAGAACGCCAGUUUAUUAUACUCAAAUGAUGGAAUUUCUGAAAUUUCUUAUUAACACCGUAGUUUAAUGGAAAAAUAAUUGUAAUAGCGCAAACAUAACAGUUUAUUCUAUCUGACUAACUUCACAGUAUCAGCAUUUACUUUGUAUGAAUAAGUGACUGUAAGUAUCAGAGCAGUAAAAAACAGUUCAAGUAUUUACAAAAAUGAAAAACAAAACAUAAAGAAAAAACAAAUAUAACUCGCCAAAAAUAUGCGCUGUUUUCAAAAAUAUACAUAUUUUUAAGCAAUUUUAAGCGGACACAAAUAUCAAAAAGGAAUAAAUUAUAAAAAAUAAUUAUAAAUUAUAAAAAAAAAAAAAAUUAUAAAUUAUAAAAAGAGAAAUAAUUGAAUACAUAGUAAACCAAUUAGAUGCAAAAUUUAUGCUAAGUAUUAAAAUAUAUACGUAAAUAAAUACAAUUUUCAAUCGUGCAGUUCAAAUUUAACCGUUACAAAGUAAGAAAAUAGCAUCGGUUUCAAAGCUAAAACACUGUAUUUGAAACAAAUUUUGCCAAUGAAUACAGAUUUACAACUACAAUUACAGAAAAAA